AAUGCUAAUUUCAGAGAAAAAUGAGCACUAAAGCAAAGUCUAAGAGUAAGUCCAGAGAGAGAAAAGGACAUUGUUUUCUCUGUGGUAGAGAGAGUACUACAAGCUGUACAAGUUGCCAAAAGGUGCACUACUGUUCCAGAGAACACUAUAUUUACCAUCGGCAGCAAAACUAUUGUUUUCCCUUCAGAAUUGUAUGGCGUGCAGGGAAAGGAAAAUGUAUGAUCGCUUCAAGGGAUAUAUCAGCACUAGAACUUAUACUCUUCGAUACUGCAGUAGUGGUAGGACCCCGGAAUAAAGGAGGACCUGUGUGCCUGGAUUGUGGCAAAGAGACGAAUAACCCCUACUCCUGUGGAAUAUGCUCUUUUCCUCUUUGCGGAGAGCUUUGUCAGGUUGGAAAAGCCCAUCAAGAGGAAUGCAGAAUUCUUCAGAAAAUUUCUUCAAUCAAAGACAAGACCAGUGUAUACCAGUGGAUUACUCCGAUUAGAUUGUUGCUGAAAAUGGCCUCAAACCCCCGAAUAUACAGACAGAUACAGUUUUUAUUGGACAACAAUAGCACAACAGUUGAGGAGGAUGAAUCAGUGAAGAACACUAGUAAAGAUCUUCUUCAAAUAUUCCUAAGAACUGAUCAACUCAAACAAUUCUCUCUGGAAGAUUUUAUCUGGAUCAGAGGAAUUCUGGCAACAAAUUGUCUGAUGUUUGGUGAAGAGGAAAGCCGGGCUCUUUUUCCUCAUUUUAGUUUGAUGAACCACUCGUGUUGUGCGAAUGCAAAACAUACAAUCUACAUUAAUAAAAGGAAGAUAGCUGUACAGGCGCAAACAGAUAUCAAGGAGGGGGAUGAAAUUGUGAUAAACUAUGUAACGUUUAUUCAAGGGACUGCUCUCAGGAGAGAAAAAUUAAAGGGUGUUUGGAAAUAUAACAAGUUUACUGAAAACAACUAG